AACUGCACUAUCACCCCCAGUAGAUUGGGACAAGGAGUGUUUAGUUAGUAUGAAGUAUUAAUCACUCAUUUCACUCUCCAAACAUUUCAAGACAGAAGACCCGUCUGACGAACUAGAAUCAUCAACAGAGAACAAACAACAAUGUCUCGCUACUACAAAAUCAUUAGGAAAUCAUUAACACGUACAGAAGGCUUUAUUAAGACUUACGGAUUAUCUCAACAACUCACAGAAAACGUCCUACAGUACAGCAAAUGUUUGGUACGACCUAACACAAAAGACAUCGACGAUUUAAUCUUCAUAGCGGAGAUGUCACGACACUUUAAGUUGUACAACAACUUCAUGCUCAACUUGAUGUACAACUCACUAAAACACCCCAAGUCACCAUACAUGACAGUCGAUGAGUACGCCAGAUGUAUCUUCACCUUUCUCUCCGACAACAUCGACCACAAGAUUGACCUGGUUUUUGAUGUGUAUGACGUCAACCGUGACGGCUAUAUCAGUAUCACGGAAAUGUUUAUGUUGUUAAAGCCAGUAGUUGGGAGCCUAGACAUGGAUGAAAACAGAGACGAAUCAACCAAAGAACUCGUGGAUGUCGUGGUGAAAAUCUACGACAUAAAGAACAAUCCGAUGAUUGAUUUAGAGGCUUUCAGAUAUAUAGUAAAGAACAAGGAACCUUUGUGCUUGCAGUUGCUCGGCCCUUGUUUACCAUGUGAUGAAGAUAUUGAAAUCUUUAGGCAGACGCUAGACUCCAAGUCCAUGUACGACAUCCGGCAUUACUUUAGGAAAGAGCGGCAAGAAGCGUUGGCCGAGAUCGAGUUUAGGCCGCCUGAGAAGGCUCUGUACCCCAUCCCACUCGAGUUGCCCUAGUCAGCCUCUGUCUCAGCCAGACCUACUGCUUUACAUUCAGCUACAGCUUUGCUAGCUACAGCCAUACCAAUACUUACCGCCUUCAAUUCAGCUAACACUUCGAUGGCUGCAGCUAUUCAAAGACUUACUUACUGCCAUACAUUAACUCACGAUGAUAGCUGCAGCCAUACACAUGGAACUUAUACCACUAUAACUUCAGCCAUUUAGUUUCAUUUAUAAAGCCUAAACUCUCUAGACUUAAGCUAACUCAGAGUUUCUGAUAGUUUCUGAUCUAUUAGGUCCGUCUGUAUUACAAAUCUGCUCAUACAUGUGCUCAGCUAUUGUGCUAACGAUAGUUUUCUUACAAGGGAUAGGCUUUAAGUGUUCAAUAGGACUGAGAAUAAUUGAGGGUAGAAAGUUCAUUCACAACUUCAGCGGAGACAAUUUGCAACAUAACUGACAGAACUUAAGAAUGGUUGUAAGAGGAAAAACAGGUCACCAACAGGUUUUCUGUAGAGUUCCUCUAUUGGAGUUUAAAAGACGAAUAUUUCAUAGUAAGUUUCAUGCUAACAAUUGGUUGCAGAAACCCUAGAUUAUUUAGGUGCAAGUUAAAAUGUCUGAUUUUAAUAGCGAGUGUAUUUAAUGUUAAGAACAAGUUAAAGGCAGAUAGCGCGAGUUCACUAACUUGAUAGCAGUUAUGUUAGCGGCUCAAAACUACCUAACUUACAAAAACUAGUGACGGUCGAUAUGGGGUAGGUAGAGGGACGUCUUGCUGGUCUGGUGACAACAUACAUACAACAUACAGACAACAUACAGACAACAUACAGACAACAUACAGACAAACGUAGACAACAUAUAGACAAUACACACACUACAUACAGACAAUACACAUACAAAAUACAGACAACAUACAGACAAAAAUAGACAACAUACAAACAAUACACACACUACAUACAGACAACAUACAGACAACAUACAGACAACAUACAGACAACAUACAGACAAACAUAGACAACAUAUAGACAAUACACACACUACAUACAGACAAUACACAUACAAAAUAUAGAAUACCUACGGACAACAUACGGACAACAUACACAUAGCCUACAGACAACAUUCAGUUCAUUGUCCAGCCAAUACACAUUCAACCUACUGACAACAUAGAGCCAACAUAGAGACAACAUACUGACAAUAUACAGAUAAUUCACAGACAGUUCACAAACAUACACAUUCAACAUAUAGAAAACAUACGGACAACAUACAGACAACAUAGAGACAACACACACAACAUACAGACAACAUAGAGACAACACACACAACAUACAGACAACAUACUGAAAACAUACAGACAACACACCCAACAUACAGACAACAUACAGACAACAUAGAGACAACACACACAACAUACAGACAACAUACUGAAAACAUACAGACAACACACACAACAUACAGACAACAUACAGACAACAUAGAGACAACACACACAAAAUACAGACAACAUACUGAAAACAUACAGACAACACACACAACAUACAGACAACAUAGAGACAACACACACAACAUAGAGACAACACACACAACAUACAGACAACAUACAGACAUAACAAUGAAGGCACCGGUAAAAGUUUAUCUAUUGUAUUGUAAGGCGUUUUUCUUGGGCGUGUUUUAUCUAGAACAUUCGAUUAGUCGACAACACCAACACCAACACAUAUUACAACACACUCACAGAACAAUAGCAAAAAACAAGCAACACAUUUACUUAACAUGCAACAUCAAUCAAAAUUAGCCAAUAACAAAUCAAAUUAAGCACAUGAAUCAAAUAAACUAUUUCAU